CAACGGAGACAAAUGUUCCACUUACAUCUUUUCAUCCUCCUCUCUCCUCAUUGCGAUUAAAGCUCACAUCCCAAACCCACUAUCGCUCUCUGAAAAGUUUUGGUUAGGGUUUCUCUCUCUCGAAUGGACAGUGGGAGUGCACAAGCAACAGCGAAGGCUUCAUCAGACGAACUGCUAAGGAAAUUUGCGGAAGUGGGUUCGGGAUCCACCGCGAAGAAAGAGCUUUCGCAGUUGGCAAAACGACGCCGCCACCACCGGAAAAAAAUUACCAGAGAAAAUGACUUUGAUGAUGAUGAGCAGUACCGUGAGAACCCCUCCUCCUCCUCCUCCUUAAGCCGCCGGGCCAGUUUGGUUGAGAGGAAAUCGCUUCUUCCUGCUGUGGCGGCAUCCACCCCACCCGGAUGUCAUUCGGCUGGGGAUUGGGAGGUCAAGAACAUGUCCAUUUUCGCCACAAUUGACAAGGUAUGAUAUGGAGGCUACGUAUUUUGAUGAAGGUGUUAGAUCAGCAAAACGAAAGCAGUUGGAAGAGAAAUUGCUGCAACUUGUUCAUCCGGCCUACCAAUCCAUGUUAGGACACAUAAGGUCGGGAACUCUGGAUAGAUUCAAAGACGCAUUUCAUAAAGCUUUAAAUAGAGGGGAUGAGUUUUCUGUAGCUGCUUGUGAUUGCACUGAGUCUUUCAUGUCUCUAUUUGAUGAAGGAUGUGCAGUGAUACCUGAAGAAGGAAAACUAGGGGUGUUCCGAGCUUUAUGUGUGGCUUAUGAGGUAACUGAGUUGUUUGAUGAAACAUGAGCUGCACUGCAGUCACAGCAUUCCAGCUGGCUGUCAAUUUCAAAAAUAUAUAUCAUUCGAGUAGUGUACCUUCUAUGCUAUGUGUUACUCCAAACCACAUCAAUCAAUUCCCCGAGACUUACUUAAAGCUGGCCUCUAGUGGAUCAACAUACUGGUAUCGUGCACCUGUUUGUUUAUUUGGUGACAAAGGGAAGUCAGAGAAUCCCAAUAAGGCUUCUCCAUGGGAAGCUCUGGAGAAAGCUAUGGGAAGGUUUAAGAAGGAACAGUCUGUAGAGGAUAUAUUAAAGCAGCAGAUGGAAAAGCAAGAAUUCUAUGAUGAUGGAGGUAGUAAUGGUGGAAAUCGUCCUGGUGGCGGCGGCGGCGGCAGUGGCGGUGGUGAUUUUGGUGAGCCAGAGGAUGAAGGCUUUGCUGGGAUCGUGGAUGAAGUACUGCAAGUGACCUUAGCAACUAUUGGUUUUGUGUUUCUGUAUAUUUACAUCAUCGAGGGUGAGGACAUAACUCGGCUAGCACAGGACGUCAUUAAGUUUGUGUUUAGUGGACGGAAGAGUGUUCGUCUGAAGCGUCUCUUAUAUGAAUGGGGAAUGUUCUUCCAGAGGCAGACAAAGAAGGAGAUGCGAGAAGAUUGGUUGGAAUGUGCAAUUAUCACUACUCCUACACUGUAUGAUAGCCCUGAAAAGUACGAGCGCAUCCUUCGGUCCUACCUUACUACUACUACGACGACUACAACUACCAGAUCUGAUGAUGAUGAUGGCGGUGAUAAUGAUCCUGAUCCUGGAUACUACGAGGAGUAAAUGCUUGUGUUGAAUUUCUUUUGGCUUUCUAGUCUUUACAUUCUUGUAUUUCUGUCUUCAAGUGGGAUCAAUGUUGUCGUGGUUCACUGUUUUUUUCUUGUGAGGGCAUCAGAAGAUUACUGUUUUUUUUGGCUAUUUUAUCAGUAACAUAAUCAGUGAUUCAGUUUCCUC